AGGACAGCAGAGCAAGAGUGCAGGAGAGGAAGGGGCUAUGCAGUGGGCAAAGAGAGGAAAGUUUGACUAGAGGAGAAGGAGUGCAGGAGGAGGAGCAGGAAGAUAGUGUGUGUGUGCACGAGAGUAUGUGAGCGAGCGGGAGCAUGUGAGUGUGCAAGACGAGGAGAAAGAGAGGGAGUGAAGCUGAAGAGCAGAAUGAGCAGGCUAGGUUUGUGUUCUUAGUUUGGCUUCAGGACAGAAAGCAGACACAGGAGGAAGUUACCAUGAAGAACACUAUGGAGUGUGUGUAUUGGGCGCACAGUCGCCAUGGCUUUGGUUCAGGGACUGCCCGUGCCCUCUGAUCACCCAGAGUCCAGUGUUGAUAUUCAGCAGUGCCACCCUGUAUCACACUCCCCAACCACAGGCACCAUGGGCUCUGUCAGCAGCCUUAUCUCUGGGCGCACUUACCAGGAACGCCACUGCCGCGCUGUCAGUGACUUCAGCGCCAGACUCCGCAAGCCCCUGCCUGCCACGAGCUGUUUCCGGCAGCAGGAGGGCACACUGCGCAGGGCAAGCUCUCAGGAGGAGCUCCUCGACAAUCAGCCUCCUCUGCCUAUCAAGAACAAACCCACUACCCUCAUGACUGCCGGCAAUGGCAACUAUGGUUACAUGAGUGAUGAGGUGGUGGGUGACUGGAAUGAUAACCAUGUCAAAGUGGGCAGCCCAUGCAGUGACACAGAAGAAACACAGGACAGCCGAGGAACUGUGAACAGUACCAACAUCGGAGGCCCUCCACCCAAACUCAUCCCUGUCUCAGGCAAGCUGGAGAAAAAUAUGGAGAAAGUCGUAAUCCGACCAACCGCCUUCAAGCCUGUAGUACCCAAGAACCGCAACUCUGUGCAGUACCUUUCCCCACGGCCAGGGGGCAGUCUGUCUGAGAGCCACGGAAGCCUCAACCUUUUACUUCCAGGAGGAGCAGGGAUGCUGUGCACAGAGAAACACAAUUCGUACAACGGGGGUCGCAACGCUCGUAACAGUCAGACUUGCAGCAUGUCAGACUCUGGCCGCAAUUCACUCUCCAGCUUGCCCACAUACAGCAGCACUGCCUGCAGCCUGGUGCAGAGUGAGGGACUGUCCACAAGCACAGAGUCCACAAGGCCCACAGGAGGACACGGCCACACUAACUCAGACAGCGGCCGGUCUUCAUCCAGCAAGAGCACAGGCCAGCCACUCUCAGACAGUGGCUCAUGUGGGCGUUCCCCUGCUCCCCCAGAGGGGUAUGAGAGCAUUAUUCGUGAGCUAGAGGAAAAGCUGAGAGAGAGAGACUUGGAGCUGCAGCAGCUUCGAGACAACCUGGAUGAGAAUGAGGCAGCCAUCUGCCAGGUGUACGAGGAGAAGCAAAAACGCUGUGAGCAGGAGAUGGAGGAACUCAGGCAGAGCUGUGCAACCAAGAUGAAGCAGGUGCAGCAGAAAACACAGCGGGUCCAACAGGUCCUGCAGCUGCAAGUCUUUCAGCUCCAACAGGAGAAGAAGAAGCUGCAUGAGGAUUUCUCUCAGCUGCUGCAGGAGCGAGAGACACUGGAGAAGAGAUGUGCCUCCAUUGAAAGGGAGCAGAACCAGCUAGGCCCCCGUCUGGAGGAGACCAAGUGGGAGGUGUGUCAAAAGUCUGGCGAGAUCUCCCUGCUGAAGCAGCAGCUGAAGGAUGUGCAGGCUGACCUUGGCCAGAAGGCAGCUGAGAUUGUGGCCCUGAAGGCCCAGCUGCGAGAGGCUCACUCUGAGCUGCAGGCUAGCCAGGUACGAUCACACGAGGCCCAGGCCGCAGCACGAACUCGCAUGCUCGAACUGGAAGUAUGUGAGAACGAGCUGCAGCGCCGCAAAAGCGAGGCUGAGCUACUACGUGAGAAACUGGGCCGACUUGAAAUGGAGUCAAACCGACUUCGAGACAUGUUUGCAUUACCCAGCAGCAAGGGUCAGUGCAUGAGCCUGCCACUGCCUCAGAGCCGUGUCGGAGGUGGCCUGAAUCAAGUCCACAGCCCUGCUUUCCGGGACGUACUGGAGCCGCUGCCAUCGUACGAAAGUGAUGUGACCAGGGUGCAGCAGCAGAGUACAGAUGCUCUGCAUGGUCUGCACUUGCAAGUAGAGCAGCUGCGCACUGAGCUGGUGUUGGAGAGGAGGCAUGGACAGGAGCAACAGGAAGCCUUCGAUGAGGAGCGCCGUGUCUGGCAGGAGGAGAAAGACAAGGUGAUCCGCUACCAGAAGCAGCUACAGCAGAACUACAUCCAGAUGUACCGCCGCAACCGGGAGCUGGAGCGUGUAAUGAGGGAGCUGAGCCUAGAGCUAGAGAACAGGGACAUGGAGGAGUUUGACAUGCGCCAUGACAUCCGAUUUGAGGAAAUCACCGCCACCGAGAUCUAAUGCACAUUCAGAUUGUUCUCAAUUGCUGAACAAGCUAAAUGCUCCACGUCCUCCACUGUGCCCUCAAAUCUGUUUUGAGGAAAUGACCUAGUCACCAUCUCCGCCCCUCCCCCACAGACAGAAAAUUCAAAUUGUUCUCAAACACUGCCUGACUUCCACUGUGUCCUUUAUAGUGUACUGCUUACCAAAGCACCUACUCAGAGUCUAACCAGGGUGGAUAUGCAGCCUAGACACUUCCUAAAAAUCCUGUUUCGUGACUAUUGCAAUUGCCAUGUCUUUUCAACACUGAUGUGUGAAUUUGGGGAACACAUUUAAAUGGAGGAAAGAAGGUUUUUGUGAAACAGUUCCUGAAUAAAAUGAGUGUCUCUGUUGCUGGAUUUCAGUCCGAAUACGCAGCUCCUGUACCGUAAUGGACUGAUAUCAUGUACUGUGUUAGACACAGUAAAGGCACUAAUGGGAGAGGAGCACCUUCACUAAUGGACUCCACUUCACCACUCCUUACUAUCAGCAUUAAUAUUAAUGGAACUCUAAUGCAGCAUGGUUAAGUUCUACAGAGUUGAAGUGCAUUGUCUUGUCACUCAAUCUGCUUUUAGUGUGGAGUCAUUCUUACCAGUAAGUAAGACCCAAAAAAACCCCAUC